AUGGACUCCGCCGACACGAUUCCGAACCAGAUAUGGGAAGGCAUUGACAAUGUCGCAAGCACUCCUCUGGCACUUUGGUUAGCAUUGGCGGGUCUGGUGCUAUUCGGUGCUGUAGCUACGCUAUAUGUUCUGCUCUACCUUUUCGCUCCCACGCCCCGGCCACCUACGCAAUCCGAGAAGCAAUACAUCACAGUCACCGACGACGGCCAUGUAUCGAGUCCCCAGCCUUUGCCAUGUUGGUACGACAACAACGUUGCACUCAAGGAAAUUGCGCGCAAGAAGACGAUCUCCCGCGAAGAGUCAUUCCAGAUCACAGACGCAGAGGUGUUUAUGACGUUGGUUGUGCCGGCGUACAAUGAGCAGGACAGACUGAAAACCAUGCUGAAAGAGUCGGUGGACUAUUUGGAGAAGCAGUACGGACACCAUGGCACAGCAAGUAAGAGCAGCAGUAAUGGUACGCUACAAGCAAGCGGAAGGCAAGGAGAUCCGCGAAGAGGAUGGGAGAUCAUACUGGUAAGCGAUGGAUCGGAGGACAAUACUGUCGCAGUUGCGUUGGACUUCGCGAGGAAGCAUCAACUCAAUUCGUCUACUCGACCCAGCAAUAUUAUUCCCGGAAUGAUUCGGGUGGUGCAAUUGGAACAAAAUAGAGGCAAAGGAGGUGCUGUGAUACACGGGAUGCGACAUGCCAGAGGGACCUACAUUGUCUUCGCAGACGCAGACGGCGCCAGCAGAUUUGAAGACUUGGGCAAACUGGUCAUUGCAAGUGAAAAAGCUAAGGACUCCCAAGGCCGAUCUGUCGCGGUAGGAUCAAGAGCGCACAUGGUCGGCACAGAAGCCGUGGUACAGCGAUCACCACUGCGAAACGCCCUUAUGUAUGGCUUCCACCUUCUCCUCUGGCUCCUGACAACGCCACGAACUGCACAGAUCGGCGACACACAAUGCGGCUUCAAACUGUUCUCGAGGCCGGCGUUGCCUUAUAUCAUCCCGUACAUGCACUCGGAGGGCUGGAUCUUUGAUGUUGAGAUGCUUAUGCUUGCGGAAAGCGCGAAUAUCCCUAUGGUCGAGGUUGCGAUUGGAUGGCAUGAAGUGAUGGGGAGCAAGUUGAAUGUGAUUAAGGAUAGUAUAGGUAUGGCCGUCGGGCUGGCCUUUUUGAGGCUGGCUUGGGGCACUGGUAUAUACAGGCGGGAUUGA